GAUUCGUGCGUGAUUACUUUAAACUCUUUCCUUGUCGCGCUUGUGUCAACGUCUUUGUUGAGCACCGUUCGCUCUCUUUUUCGAUAUCAUGUUGCGCCGAAAAAAGCAACGAGAUUUGUAAAACGUAGUCGGUGUUUACCGAUAGCACAGAGACAUGUAGUGUCAAAGUGCGAGAAGCGCAAGAAGUGAAGCGCGUAAACUUAUCGAUGGCGGACGAGAGCGAUACCUCGGACGAGAGUUUAGAUGCGGGAAGUGAUAAGUUCGAUCCGUUAAAAGCGUUAUAUUCGCCUAAGAUACGACUAGAUCCCUCGGCGCCGAUCUAUGAUAAUGUUUCAAAAUUCGAGGCCGUCUUGAAGGGUAUCAACGCGUCGACAAAAAGUAGCAAAUCAACCGUACCGGAGUCCUCCUCGAGGCAGAGAUUUUUACCGCAUCAAGAACCAGUGCCCCGUAAAAGACGCGAGCAGAAGAAUGUACUCUCAAAAAUGCAAAAGAUCAUUGGUCCGUUAGGAAUGCUCCACGGAUGCAUGGAGAAGAGAAUUCGGAUUAGGGUCUACACCAGGAACGCGCGCGGAAUAAGGGGACACGUGGAGGCAUACGUGGCCGCCUUCGACAAGCACUGGAAUCUCGCGCUGGAGGACUGCUUCGAGGUCUGGUCCCGCAAAGUCGAGAGGAAAGCGCCCGCUCUCGGUGCUGAUGCAGUCAAGGUAGAGGCGGCAGAAAACGGUAUCCCCAAGACGGUGGUAAGGAAGGAGCGCAAGACAGAGACCUUGGAGAGACACGUGCCACAGAUGCUGCUGAGGGGAGAACAAGUCGCUAUAAUCGUCAAAAUCAAUUGACUAUCGCCUUAAGGGCCGUCCCAAGCACGUGCGCCCAAUUGUAUAGCCAAUACAACGACAAUUUUUCUAUCAUCCGUUAUUUAUUCCUUUAAGUUAAAGCCUAUACAAGUAUUGUAUGACAAAUGUCUCAUACUAAAAAGUCUAUUCGCUCAUGAAAUUCUCCGAGAUUGUACAAUUUUCUCAUCUCGAAAUUUAAUAAUCGAAUUGCAAACGCAAGUAUCAUCUGGUUAUGCAGCUGCAUUCUUAUCUGCAUAAUUAAAAUGUUCACUCGAGCGAUCCAUUUUUCAUUUCAUUUUUCGUUUUCUUCUUCGACACGAUAUGUCUGUAUAAUAUUUGUAAUAAAAAAAAAAAUUGUACAUUUUUUUUUUUAAUAUUUAAUAUAGUAAGAUUUGAUGUUUCUUUUUCCCAAUAACUCCGUUUCUUCCCGCUAUAAUUAAUUUUCAACACUCAUGCACAGGGACGUACAUAUUAUUACGCGAUUACGUCAAAGAGUAUUGCGCCCCUGAAAUUAUACGGGCAAUCAAAGCGUCCCGGAGGACGCCGAGAUUGGAUUCUCUCUCGCAACGCGGAUAUAAAGGACUCCGAGAAGAGUAAUAAGAAAAAGAAGAAAAGAACGCCGAGAUGAAAAAAAGAACGAAGAGGAAGAGAUCAAUCUACAUAGUUGACGUGGCCUUCGGGCGUGCGUAUGUAUGGCAAGCGGCGACGGUGGAGUAAGAGUCGAUAAAGAGAAUCCGCUCUAAUCCGCGGAUCGCGCGAGCAUCGAAUGAGGAAGUCGAAGGCGGCGAAGAAAGUUAAUUCGCGAUUGUCCGACGUUCCACCGUGACUAACUCACGCACCGCGACGAGGGACUGGUUCUUCCCUUCUAGCACCCGUCGCCCUCGUAAAUGUCACCUUCUCUCUCUCUCUUCCCUCCCCUCGGUACGAAGCGGAAUGCGUGUUGCGAGGAAUAAGAAAGUCUCUCGAUGUUGAAUUACGGUACUGGAGCGACGUGCCGUCGACGGAUGGAUCG